GGGAAACCCUAUCGGCCCUGGGACCAGUGAAAGGGAUCAUUUUUCACUGAAGAUCAGGGCGUGUAGCCGAUCUGCUAUCAAAAGAAAGCAAACCUGAUCGCUCUUGUUAGAAAUCUUUGAAAAUCUAUUAAAGGAACAGCAGGUUGAACUUAUCAGGGCUUCAAAAUGCGGCUCUCAGGGUCCGAAGGUGAGGAGGAGAAGCUGCAGUCAGAGGAAGAGUCGGACAGCGAGAACUGCCACAGCAGCCGGGAUGAGGACUACGUUCCUGCAGGUCUAGGCUCUGGAUCAGUAAAGAAAGCAUUUGCUGAUGAGAACAGUUUAGACGACGACUGGAAUUGUAGCCCUGCAAAGAGAAGAGCUUCAAGGAGGCAGUGUCGUUCCGUAUAUGCAUCUUCAAUGCCUCUGAAAUCUACAUCCAAGACAUGGAAGGGAGACAGCAGUGAUAGAGAGGUCAACAACGCAGCUACAGGCAGAAAAAGCCCAUUCUCCAGCAAUUCUCGCAAGAGACUCUUAAGUCCGAGCAGUAACACUCCAAGUAAGAAGAGGCAAAGGCAAGAUGUAGAGCCAGACGAAGAGAAUGAUGAAGACCGCUGGCGAAAUAUUGAUGAGGAAGAUAUCGAGCCUCUGCAGCCACGGUUCAAACCGCAGAGGGAUGUAGGUCCUCAGCUGAACAGAACAGCAAGUUACACACCCCUUGAGUUGUUUCAGCUGUUUUUUACUACUACGGUCAUUUCUACAUUGGUAAAAAACACUAAUACAUAUGGGGAAAAGAAAUCCCAAAGUCUAAAGCAAAGAUGGGAUCCUGUUACAGCAGCAGAUAUGUACUCUUACAUAAGUCUUGUCCUCUACAUGGGCAUUGCACCACUUAAAACUCUAAAGGAUUUUUGGAGAGGUUCUGCACUUUUCCGUUUUCCAUUUCCUGCGUCUGUUAUGCCUUGUAGACGUUUCUUAGCCAUAUCUCGCGGUCUGCAUAUGAAUGAUCCUGCUAAGGAAGCAGCCAACAACCUAAAAAAGGGAACAAGGGGUUAUGACAGACUCUUUAAGAUAAGGCCACUGUAUGAUCAGAUUUUGGAGGCCUGUCAUACCUACUUUCACCCACACCAGCAUAUUUCCAUUGAUGAACGAAUGGUGGCGAGUAAAGCAAGAUUUGGCUUUAGGCAGUACAACAAAAAUAAACCAACAAGAUGGGGAUUUAAGCUCUACGUUUUAGCAGAUUCAGUGUGUGGCUACACCCUAAACUUUUUUGUCUAUGUGGGGAAAGAUGGAGUACCCACAGGGAAGGGGAUUAGCUAUGACGCUGUCAUGAGACUGCUGAACAUCCCUUUUCUAGGCACAGGCUACAAACUCUAUGUUGACAACUUUUACACUAGUCCAGCCCUUUUUCUUGACCUUCUUAAAAAGAAAAUUUGGGCAUGCGGCACUAUCCGCUCCAAUGUAUCUGGCUUUCCCAAGACCAAAACCAACAACACCCAAGAAAAAUCCCCCAGAGGAACCAUAAGAUGGCUCAGGAAAGGAGAUUUGUUAUUUGUUAAGUGGUUUGACACCCGAGAGGUAUCAUUGUGCUCCACCAUCCACAAAGCUUACAGUAACGAUAUGGCAAAGCGAAAAGUAAAAAACAAAGAUGGGCAGUGGACGGUUGCACACGUGACCAUUCCAGGCUGUGUCAAAGAUUACAACAAGUACAUGGGAGGGGUUGAUUUGUCUGAUGCACUUAUUGGCUACUACAAUGUCCUUCAUAAAACACAGAGAUGGUACAAAACUAUGUUUUAUCACUUUGUUGAUAUAGCCACAGUAAAUGCAUUUAUUCUUCACAAACAAUUGUGCAAAAUGCAAAACCGUCCUGCAGGCACACAUAAACGCUUCAGAGAAAAUCUAAUUCUAUCUCUGGCUCGGAUAGGUUCUACUCCACGCAGAUCAGGCCCGCUACAACUUAUGCAGUGUAUCUUUCCUUUCAUGGAACCCAUGGAUCUAGUGAACACCAAGCCUGGUGUAUUGACUACAGAGCCUCCUUCCUCCCCUUCUAAUGAGGAGCUUGCCUUGGCUCCUUCCUGUCAGGAAGACGUAAAUCAGAAUGUUUCCUCUGGUGGGGAGACCUUUGCAGGAUGCAAAGCCCCAGGUUUAGGGCACCUUCCUGGUUACUUUUUUGAGAAAAUGAGUAAUGUGUCCUCUAGAAAGCGGGCCACUGCUGGAAGACGGUCCUGUGUUGUCUGCAAGAGAAAAUCACCAGUCUACUGCAGCACUUGUCUCAAGACACUUUGUUUCACAACUUUGAGAAACUGCUAUAGUGAAUGGCAUAGAAUGAAUAAUAUAUGUAUAUAGUGGAUUGGACAAAACUGACCAACAGGAAUAUCUUUACCAUUGAUUUUUACAUGUGGUGUUAUUACAUUAAAACCAAACCUUGAGUCACUGUGAUAAUACAGUACGAUCUGUAGAAUUUUACUCUCAGAACUCUUAUCUAACUCUUAAGUUAGCUCACAUAACAUCUAGGUGUCGGCUUUACAAAAAUUGUCAUGCCUGUAAAAAUCUCUAAUCUAGAUUUGGCUCUUGAUCAGUCAUCUUUAGUAGUGUAGUAAUCAUUAAUGUAAGUUUUGAACUUUGUCAACUGGAAAUCCCCCACAGCUCUCUCAUGUAUUUCUCAUUACAUGAUUUUGUUGCUUUGAUCAAGUGCACUUAAAUAUGUGCAGAAUAGCUUUGGUACACUAAGGUUGAGUUGUACUGAAGUCUCUGAACAACUUGAAACUCACACGUUACUUUUAUCCCACAGUACUGUAUCAUACUGUAUCAGCAUCUCUCUUCAAAUGUUAUUUUUGAUAAUGCAGACUUGAAAGAUACUUUUUUGUAUUUCUUUACUUAACAUCUACUAGUCAUAUGCAUCAAAAUGACUCAAAGAUAAUAAAUUCUAAAAUUGGCUGGAGUGAUAAAGCUGUUAAAUUAAAUAAAGCCCAGGUCUUCCUGGACUGGAGAUCCGGACACCGUACUACACAGUACAGUACAGUAGUACACAGUAUGUUUAUCUUACUGGCGCUUGUUAAAAUUUAUCACUUAUUACUGCUGUGUCUGCAGUUGGUAGAGAACCCUGCAGAAAUAACAGCAAUGGCUAUCAUCACUCUUCUAGUAAUCCAAACAUGGACUGAUUAAGCCUGUGAACAAGUAGACGUUAUUAAUUUUGCAUUCUUGUAAAUGUUUUUUUUUUAUUUUUUCAAAUUAUUUUAUGUGAUUAAAUUACAAACAAAAAAAAUCGGAUGAUACUGCAAAUGUAUCGAAGAGACUUUACAGUAGUUUGGCAAGUAGUAUAUCACUCACAGAUUCUCAUGGAAUACAAAAUUGUGAACAAUUAGCUUAAGCAUCAGUGUGUAGCCAAUCGUCUCCUUAUUAAUUAUGCCGGUGCAGUUUAUUGAAUAGACUUGGGAUGACUUCAAAAUUUGAACACUGGCAUCCUCUUGGUAAGAAAAAAACUUCUUAAAUUCUGUAGGAGCUAGAUGGACUAAAGCGCUUCAACUUGCCGAGAUGAUUGCUGAUGCAGUAGGAAUAAAGAAACUUUUUCAAAGACGACAAAUUCAAAAACUUAGGGACUUACCUAUCAAUAUUUGAAGUAAUUGCUCAUGAAAUACAGUAUUAGCUGAUCAGUUUUAAUAACUGAAUGGGGUUUAAGAACAUGCCUUUUUUAUUAUUUUUUUUAAAUCUCAUACUGUGAAGAAAAACCUUCAAGAACCUGUUUGUACUGUAUGGACCAAACUUGAUUUAAAGAUAGCUUACUUGAACUUACUUGAGUGUUUUUAUACACACCUUUUCUCUACUAACUGAUAUAGAAAUUUAGAAAUGUGAAUUCUGCAUAAGUAAUAUGUUUGUUUUAAAUCUCCAUCCAUAUGUACUUUUACAUUUUGUGUACUGUAAGUGUAUGUUUUAUAAAUAACACAUUAGUUGUACUAAAAUGGUGCUGAGUAGAUUUUCACACAUUGGUAGAAAUGCUCUGGAAACAUGAUUCUUUGACACUUGAUAUGUAAAAUAAGGAUCUGCUGCAUAUAGAGUGUUAUGUAAUGUUUUCCAUGUCCUUUAUUAGUAUGCACAAUAGUGUGGACAUUUUAUUUUUAUUUUUUGGGAUACUUUGUGAAGCUUGUUUUUGAGACUCUUUUAACUUUUAAGUAAGAAACACUUCUCCAAAGAGAUUGCCUUGAAUUACUUGUCUUUUUAAGACAGACAAGAUAUUGAAAAGUUACAAAUUGAAAGAUUCCUACAGAAUCAACUGUUGCAUUUUUUACAUUUUGUACUUGAUCAAACUCAAAGUAACUCAUUUUCUUUUAUGAGCCCCAAAUAUAUUAUGACUUGAUCUGUAUAUUUUCUCUGUCAGUGUUGUCCUCGAAUUCCCUUCUUUACGUCCAUUUCAUACAGGUAAACAACCCAUUUAAACAAUGUGGUUAAACUAUAACCUAUAAGUAACUAUAAUUUAUAAUUACUUCUAUUGCUUAUGGUAUUAACUGGUCAUACAAAAGCUCAGAUGUUAGCUCUGAUAAUACUGUUUUGUAUUUAUCAGAAACUAUUUGGAAUUAAGGACUUUUUGAGGAUCCUAAUAAUACUUAACAACCUAAUAAACCCUAAUAAAUUGUUACCAGUUGAUAUGAUUUAAUAUGAAUUAUCAAAUACCAUUUACUACUAUACCACAACUGAAUUCUUGAAAAUGACUUUAUAACAUAAGCUGUACGGUGGGAAUGUGCCAUCCAUCUGGCGAGAAUGAACCGGCUCAUUAAUUGAGCAAAAUGUCUUGAGAUAGAUACCAGUUUUGUAAGUGAAACAAUCUGGUAAAAGCACAAUAUAGCAAUAUAGGAGCAGAAUGACAUACUCCAAGACGUGAUGGCAGCAUGUCAAACAGUUUGUUUUGCUUUAAUUGUUUUAUUAUUUUUUGUCUCUUCUCCUGAAAAACUGCACUCUGGGUUAAAUUAAAGCAGCUAUUUCUCAUUUUAAGAAAAGUUCUCUGACACUGGAUAUGCCUGAUUUUUCAUGUGCAUUCUUUAUUUUGCAUGAGGUUGUUUGUGGCUUCAGAAAUUUUUUUUUAACUUUACUUAUAGCAAUAUUCAUAUUU